AUGUUGACAAAGUGCUUUAAUAUCCCGGUCUUUGAGCUCAAGGUCACAGCUGAAGAAUCUCAAUGUCAGCAGGCCCAUGUAGGAACAACUGCACCAUUACCAAAAACAAGAAUAUAUUUCAUUCAAUACAUGUGCAGAAUGUCCUAUGUUUUAAAACACACCGUAAAGCUGCAGGAAAACCGCCCACUGGGCGUGCAGAGGCAGCAUCGUCAGCAGCAGCAAGAGUCCAAGGUGGGACUGUGGGUGAGAGUCACUCUGACAGGUGAUCAUCGAGCUGCAGAUGGACAGGACAGGCUCUCAGCUCGAUUUGUGAUCAUUACUGUGGACAUCACUUCUUCAGAGGUAAGUGUGAACUUUAUGAAUGCAACAGAACCUGGAGGAGGUUUACACUGUGGAGGCUACUUUCUGCUUAAUGUGCAUAACGACAGAUAGGGGAGAGUGGGGUAAGAUGAGCCACUCUUCAUAUUUCAGAUCACUACAUCAGGUCAAUCAUAGUUUUGUUUCUAACUAGUGUAUCUGCAGAUAUUUCAGGAUGUUGUUCAUCCCUGCAAACCAACAGAAUGAGUGUAAACAGAACUGUAAUCUUGAUAAUAUAGCAGGACAAAAAAAGUGGUCUCCUUUAGUCAACUUACCCCGUGUAUGGGGUAAAUUGAGCUGUAUCCCAACUAAUCUACUACCGCUCCCUAAACAACAGUCACUUCUUCACAUUCAUGUGUAUUUUUAUCUAUUAUACGCUAUUCAACUGGUACAAUAAUUCUUUUUAUUAUAAUUAUUAUUGCAUAUAACUGCUAAAAAGCUGUUUUGUAAAAAGCCAUUUUAACAUGAGAAUGUCUUUAAGUGAUUGAGAACAUUCACAGAUCUUUAUUUAUGAAAAGAAAAAGUCAAACAUUUCAACAAUCUGAACUGAAUCCUUUACUUUCUCAGUUACCCCUGAUUUACUAUGACGACUUUAUUAGUCCUCUAAGAUAAAUGAUGGAGUUUAUGUUAGGGUUUCUGACCUCAUGUCGUAGCUCAUAUAUACCACAAUUGAUGUAUAACAAAAAUUUAAAAUGCUCUUUUUUUGGUCUGAACACAAUUCUAAUCAAACUUAUGACUAAAUUCACUUUCCAGAGUGAAAAUGUAUUUUUUUUGUUAAUAAAUGUCGAACCCCUUCACCCAUCUGCUUCUAACCUUCACAGACAGGGGGUGGCUCAACUUACCCUUUGGCUCAACUUACCCCACUCUCUCCUAUAUAAAUGCAUGUUGGCUAAAAUCUUUAGGACUAUUUCAUUACUUUAUGAGGACCAAGGAUGUGAAGCUCGGUGUGCUCGGUGUGUUAAAGCUGCAGAAUCGUUGCUCAGUGUGGGAAUUUGUCUGUUUUGAGUUUGUACAGAUUUGCAGCUGUUAUGACAGAGAUGAUGUAACACAGGGCUGUACUCAGUCAUUGUGCAGGUUCACACGGCUCACCUAAUGAUGCCAGUUUCUAAAUAAUAUAAUCUUUUUGGAGCGGCCCAUCAGUCCAGAGGGCAAGUGAUGUUAAUUCCACUUUAGAAAUCCAUCAGCGUAGGCCUGUAAUGAUUCUCUCCUCAUCUGCACCAAGAAAAUUAGACAGUUAUUUUAUAGAGCAGCAAAAGAACAAAAAAGUUUCUCUCAGAAAUCCAGGAAUCCACAUGGAGCAGAUUUACAGACACAUUUAAGGUCACAAACUCACAGCAAAUCAGUUUUUUCUUAUGUCAGUGAAUCAGGAUCUACUUAUUUUUAAUGCUGUUUAAAAGUAUGUCCCAAAUCUAAGCUUUCUGCACCCGUUUAAGGUCACACAAGUUUGUGAAACUGUGUUAGCAUUGAUUGGGAUUGAAUAUCAGGGUUCGGUUGAUCUAUCAUCAUCUGUGCAGGAGCAAUUAGCAACGAGGAUAACGAUGUUAUUCCAAUGCAAUUACAGGACAUGAAGUAGAUUUCCUUGUUAAACAAUGACACAGAAUUGAAUUACAGUUGAACAGAGUCUCUGUCACUCAGAGUUAAAGUCAUGGAUUAAAGUGACAUUUACGUGAAUCAGCUGAUUCGACGGUUUGAACUUUGAACGUUUAUAAUUUGGGGGUUUAAUAAUGAAAUGGAGCCCACCAUCACUCAGAGGAUGAGUGGAGGGACAGCAGUGUGCCAUGAAAUGCAGGCGAGCAGAUGAUGAGACCGUGGGUGGUGUGUCACACAUGUAGUUAUAAUUCAGCCAAGACCAGCUGUCCAUUUAAUACUGGUUUCCUUUCACUCCAGUGCUGUGACGCUCCCCGGGUAUUUUUGGACGUAUAGAAGGAGCAAAGAGAAAUACUUCAUAGAUUUUCUUGAUCAUAAAAUUUCCACCAGGAGAGGGGAAUCAGAAUAUUCACAUAUGAGGUUUUCUUCCAUAUGCUCAGUAUGAUGAAAUGUCUUAUUUGUCUUUAGGUAAAGAAAUGA